GUUCAGACCUCAUCACUUUUUUAUUGAUUAAAAAUUCGUAAAAAUUAUUCAUAAAAGUUCUUAAAAAGUUUCUAAAAUUUUUGAAAUAAAUGUCAAACAAAAGCAAUCCAAAGUCCUGUUGGGACUCACUGAGUGAGACUGAAAGUGAUUUAGAAAAUUUAUCGAGCAUCGCUGACAAACAAAAGAAGAAAAAGGAUUCAAAUAAGCACAUGACUCGCAUUUGUUGGUUAUGUUUCAAACAAGGAACAUUAGUAACUUGCUCAAAUGUCAGCUGCAAACGCUCAUAUCAUCGUCGUUGCGUCAUCAAGCGGCAAUAUGUUGGAAAGGACAAUAAUCGGACUUGUCCCGUAUGUCAAAUUGUUAAAGAAGCAGAGAAAAUUGAGAAUGGAAAGCCACGUUUUGAUAAGAAUUUUGUACAAAUAUUGCUUAAAAUGUGGCUUCAACGCUUGAAGGACUUCGUCUUAAUUUUUGAUACUCAUGAAUCUUUUGAUCAGCGAAUGUCAAUUAAGACUCUUGAAGCUAAAGUUGAAGCAUUAGAGUACAAAUCUCUUGAAGCUUUUUAUUCUGACAUCACUUGGAUCUUCUUUUACUGCCAUGUUCUUUCAGAUAAGGAGCAAUAUCUUAGAAAAGAAAAUUUCUGUUUCGAUGAACUUCGCCGCAUCAAUGGAUGUUUUGAAUGUUAUUACAAAUCCAAUAUUGGGAUGAACGAUGAUUUCACUGAAGUUUGUUUCACUCCUCACAUCCUUCUUUGGGCUAAAGUUAAAGGUUCUGUAUUUUGGCCAGCAAAAGUUUUCAGUGUUGAUGCUGAAGAGGAAAAGGUUCUCGUUACCUUCUUCGGGAGUCAUGAAAACACUUAUGUUCAAUUUUCAAAUUGUUAUUUGUUUUCCCGGGAGUAUCCUUCAAAGAAAUCUGUUGACGCUGAACUUUUUUGGGUAGCUAUGAAAGAAAUAAGAAAGCAUAUUGAAAAGUUGCGAGAAACUUUCAAUGGAUUUGAAUAUGCUCCGCUUCGUGUUCCUUACGAUCCUACCUUGAAUAACGAAUAUUUGAAAAUGAUGCUGCCCAAUAUUGGAUUCUAUGAACGUACGAAUAGCACAUCAAAGUUGGUAGAAGCUUUACUUGAAGGAAGAAAACCUAAAAUGAUAUUACCUCAAGUUAAAGUUGAAAAGCUUUGUUUCUCUGAAAAUGUUAAGAAGAGACGACUUACCAUUGAUUUGAAGGAAUUACCGGAUAUUUGUGCAAAAAAGAAAAAACUAAAAGUAGAAGAUCCUGAACCUGAAGUGAAGAAAAUUAACAAAAACUUGAAUAAACCUAAAAUCAUAGAAAAAGAAGAUCUUAACAAUAAUGAAAAAGAAAACAAAGAGAAACCUUUAGAAAAACCUAUAGUCGUUGAAAUCAUCGAAGGAAAAGCAAAAAAAUUGAAAGAAGCAGAAAAUACGAAAAUUUUUGAAAAUUUUAAUAAAUCUGAAACUGAUGAAAUUUUUAUGGAAAAAACCAAAAAUAUCGAAAAAAUUGAAAAUGAAGACCUUCAAGAAAUUUCAAACAAAUCUGCUGUUGAAGAUGAUCAAAAGAAAAAAAAUAUUGAAAAAUCACAAAACAAAUGCAUUUCUUGUGAAUCCAAAAACUCUUCAAAAAAUUACGAAUCGCAUCUUUUCAAUGAUCAUUGUUAUGCAAUGAACAGCAUUUCAUUCGAAGAACACAAUUUUAUUCAUGGAAACAAUGGAGGCUUCUCAAGACUUGCUCUUCUAAUAGAUAAUUUGACGAGAUUUGCUGUCAGCAAUCGCGAACUUCAAUCGCAAAUGUUGAACAUGCAACAAGAACAUGCCAAAGAAGUGAAAAAACUGAAAGAAAUUGCAGAGCAAGAGAAGUUCCUCGAAAUUAAGGAUUAUGAAUUAGAACUUGAUUACUGUGAGAAAAAGUAUCAAAAAGAGAUCAGUGAUCUAAAGAAAAAAUCAGAAUUACUACUUUCUGACACCAAAAAACACGAAGCAGAACGUGUUGCAGAAAUUAUUCGUCAACUUCAACUCAAACACGAAGCUGAAAAGCAAGAAGCAGUUGAAAAAGCAAUUGCUAAUACAAAACUUCAAAUUUGGUGCGCUUCUUGUCAAAAUGAAGCCAAAUUUCAAUGUUGUUACAGCACAUGGUACUGUAAGCCAUCUUGCCAAACCAAAGAUCGACAGCGUCACAAAAAAUUUUGUCGUGCUCGAUUACCACAAAAAUUCCUUCCAAAAGUUUUAAAUAUUGACUAAAAAAAAUAUUUUUCGUACUUUUUCCUUUGUAAACUCUUUUAAGUAUUUCAAAUAUAAAUUACUACUCUAAUUAA